GCGGAAGUCCCGCCCACCCCCGACAGCGGAAGUCCGGUCCUCCGCUUCGCCAGGUUUCCUCGUGUCUUCCACCGCCGGCAUGGCGCAUUACAACUUCAAGAAGAUUACGGUGGUGCCGUCUGCCAAGGACUUUAUUGACUUGACAUUAUCCAAGACUCAACGAAAGACUCCAACGGUUAUUCAUAAACAUCAAAUAAAUAUUGCCAAAAACUUGGUGGACAAUGUUGCUAAAGAUUAUGUGCGACUUAUGAAAUAUGGUGAUUCUCUGUACCGAUGCAAGCAGCUGAAGCGUGCUGCCCUUGGACGAAUGUGCACUAUUAUCAAGAGACAGAGGCAGAGUUUGGAGUAUUUGGAACAAGUACGUCAACAUUUAUCCCGCUUGCCAACCAUUGAUCCAAAUACAAGAACUCUGCUUUUGUGUGGGUAUCCAAAUGUUGGAAAAUCCAGCUUCAUCAAUAAGGUGACAAGAGCAGAUGUAGAUGUUCAGCCCUAUGCAUUUACCACCAAAUCUCUGUUUGUUGGGCACAUGGAUUAUAAGUAUCUGCGCUGGCAGGUUGUAGAUACCCCAGGGAUUUUGGAUCAUCCUUUGGAGGAUCGGAACACCAUUGAGAUGCAGGCCAUCACAGCCCUGGCCCAUCUCCGAGCUGCAGUUCUGUACGUGAUGGAUUUGUCAGAGCAGUGUGGACAUGGGUUAAAGGAGCAAUUAGAACUCUUCAAGAAUAUUAGGCCUCUGUUUAUCAACAAGCCUCUUAUUGUUGUAGCAAACAAAUGUGAUGUGAAGAGAGUAGCUGAACUUUCUGAAGAAGAUCAGAAAAUAUUUCUAGACCUGCAGGCUGAAGGAUUCCCUGUCAUCGAGACCAGCACCCUGACUGAGGAAGGUGUCAUUCAAGUUAAAACAGAGGCUUGUGAUAGGCUUUUGGCUCAUCGAGUAGAAACGAAAAUGAAAGGAAAUAAAGUGAAUGAGGUUCUGAACCGAUUGCACUUAGCUGUGCCAAACAAGAGAGAUGAUAAGGAGAGACCCCCUUUCAUCCCAGAGGGAGUGGUAGCUCGAAGGAAGAGAAUGGAGAUCGCGGAGCCCAAGAAGAAGAGGGAACGAGAUCUUGAGCUGGAAAUGGGAGAUGAUUACAUUUUGGAUCUUCAGAAAUACUGGGACUUAAUGAAUUCAUCUGAGAAAUAUGAUAAGAUACCAGAGAUUUGGGAAGGCCACAAUGUUGCUGAUUAUAUUGAUCCUGCUAUCAUGAAGAAAUUAGAAGAGUUGGAAAAGGAAGAAGAGCUAAGGACAGCUGCUGGCGAGUAUGACAGUGACUCUGAGAGUGAAGACGAGGAAAUGAUGGAAAUCCGACAGCUGGCGAAACAGAUUAGAGAAAAGAAGAAGUUGAAAAUUCUACAGUCCAAAGAAAAGAAUACACAAGGACCCAGGAUGCCCCGCACGGCCAGGAAGGUUCAGCGAGCAGAUUUAGAGAAUGAGAUGCGGAGUCUUGGUGUGGACAUGGAUGAUAAAAACAAUGCCCACUAUGCAGUCCAGGCAAGAAGAUCUCGGAGUGUCACUAGGAAAAGAAAACGAGAAGAAUCUGUUCCACCCUCUUCCAUAGCCCGGAGUAGGAGUUGCUCUAGAACUCCACGUGAUGUUUCUGGUCUUCGGGAUGUCAAGAUGGUGAAGAAAGCCAAGACUAUGAUGAAGAAAGCUCAGAAGAAGAUGAAUCGCUUGGGGAAGAAAGGGGAAGCAGAUAGGCAUGUGUUUGAUAUGAAGCCCAAGCACUUGCUGUCUGGGAAGAGGAAAGCUGGUAAAAAGGACAGGAGAUAACGUCCUCUUCAGCUGGAACAGAUUAUUUCUGGGUGUGCUGUGGUGUGUUUAUAGAAUUUGGAAUUGCCAUCUGUUAACCAAAAGAAACAAUGGGAAUGACUUUUAAAUGCUUGCUGCUUUGCUGAAAAUUGGUAAAGCCAACGAAGCAUGCAGCGCUGUGGUCACUGCACGGUUCGGAUGUUUACGUACAGAGCGUUCUGUAUUUGACAGCUUCUUUCACAUUUUGAAGAAAAGAUUUAUUGGUGUAAGAA